UAAUACUGGCCGGUAUAUAAAUGUUGUUUGUUUGUUUGUUUGAUGAGGACAAGGUAAGUUCUUAUCUCUAUCAAAAUGUCUUUGCAGUCUGAAUGCCAUAACAUGUGAUAACAUGUGUUUCAAAUGUACCUAGUUUAAUAUGGCUGUGACAGUCAUAGAUAUAUGGGAUGUUUAUGCUUGAUUUUCCAAUGAAUUGUAUUAAUAUACCAAACAAUUAAGCGAAAUGUAAAUGUCUGACAUGAUAGGGCAAAACCUGCAAAGUAUCUUCAGAAAAUCUAAUCUAAACCAAAGCAACCACUACUAAAUCAUUCCAGAUCCAUCUCUGUAUUCAGCAGAUGUUUCUGCCACUGUUAAUGUCUCACUAUGUACACCUUUGUCUUGUUACCGCAGUUGUAUUUUGAUUACCUUGAGAAAGCGUACGAAGCGUUUAUUUACGGUCAAGACUUAGAUAAUCUGGAUGAGUACACAGAAGCACUGUACGAAGAACUGAGAAGCAAGAAUGCUCCACUUAUUGCUGAAAACGAAGAGCUGAGUCACGAAAACAAGCUACUGGAGGAAGAACUGGCGAGACUUGAAAGUGAACCGUCAAAGCUUGAAGCAUUAGUGGAACAAAAGAGAACACUAGAGCUCGACAAGACUAAAUUCGACACCUACAUCACUGAUCUCGAGAAGCAUCGUCUCAAACUUGAGGAAAGAAAAAUUCAGAACGAAGAAGAAUUGAAUGAUCUCAAUCUGGAGUACACAGCAACAUCAAGAGAGAAAGAGCAGUUGGAGGUUUUGCACAGUUGAUCAAUAUUCUUAUCUUUUACUGUA